AGGAUGGUAGCUUUUUUCCCCCUGCGUUUGAGGAGGCUGUCCCUAAAUUGUUGAGUACAUAAGAGGCUCCCUGUGUGCGACCCUCUCAGCAUUCAAGACCAGAGCGUGAGGGGAUCCAACUAUUCUGCCUUUCAGCUCAUCUCACUACAUCGACUCUACUGUGUUAUCCUUCUCCCCCCCCGUUGCUGCACGAUUUACUUUUUCCCGUGGAACUUAACAGGAUCAGAAGAGGUUUGCCGAGCAUCCAUUGAGUGGUGGAGCAAUCAGAGGCAGCCAGAGUCAUCGUGACCAUGUCCCAGGACCGGAGUGCGUGUCUGGGGCUCUGGGUGCUCCUUUUGCUUGGUGCAGGCAUGGAGGGAGUUGUGGAGGGAUGUAGCUGCCACCCAGCACACCCACAGCAGCUAUUCUGCAGCGCUGAGAUCGUGAUAAGGGCAAAGAUCUCCGGAGAGAAGAUUGUGUCGCCUAGCAACAGCUCCUCACCUUACAUGAAGAUGAUCCAAUAUGAAAUCAAAAUGAUCAAGAUGUUCAAAGGUUUUGACAAGGCCAAGGACAUCCAGUACGUGUACACUCCAGUCUUCUCCUCGCUGUGUGGAGUCAAACUGGACUCCAACAAUAAAGCAGGGUAUUUGCUCUCAGGAAGUAUGUGGAGUGAUGGGAGAAUUUCUAUCGGCCAAUGCGACCUGGUGGAGUCCUGGGACAACUUAUCACUGUCACAGAAGAAGAAUCUCAACUACAGAUACCAGAUGGGCUGUGAAUGCAGAAUCAACACCUGCUACACAGUCCCGUGUGCGUCUACAGGAGAAAACGAGUGCUUGUGGACUGACUGGCUGCUGGAUAACAGCCUUAACGGGGAGCAGGCUCGGCAGUACGCCUGUAUCCGCCGCUCUGACACGACCUGUAGCUGGUACCGGGGCGGACCGCCACCUGAGAAAGACUUCCUGGACAUGGCCGACCCUUGACUUGUAACUCAUUUUAACUCCAUUUCACUCCUGCAAAAUCCUGAGAAACAUUUCCUGCUUUGGCUUAUGUAGCUAACUGAUUUCACUGAAAAAUUGGCUGAAUCUGACAGUUGAGGAGGUUUAACCUGACGCUGACCUUCUGUUAGCAGAGUUCAGGUCGUUGCUACAGCAAUGCUGAAUCUUUUUAAACUGCAGGGGCUUUCAACAUUCCUCCGACUUGUUUUGCUCUCACACAUUCCACUUCACUUGCUGUUUUCCACAGAAUAACAAUAACAGCAGACCAUCCAAUGCCAAUUAAACCCCCCAGGGUGAAUCCUUUCUUCAUUUCUGAUGGCUUGAUGGUAAAUGCAUAACCUCGUAUUUGUUCAUGCAUGACUCACAAAAGGUUAUGUAACCAUUUGGGUUAUGCAUUUACUGAAAUUAUAAGGAAGCUGGAUUUAUUGUUAAACAAUAUGAGGAAAAAUAGUAAAAAAAAAAAGCUGCCAACUUCUUCCACAAUACUGCUUUGCAAAGUCUACUUUACACACUGUAAACAAAUCUGUGCCCCUUACAUUUUUGCAGGUAGACUGCAGCACUGCCAGCUUAACCUAAACAUUCUGAUGUUGAAUUUUCACCUUUAUAUAUUAUCAAAUAACUGUCUAAUGCAAAUGAUAAAUAUCCAGUAUCUAGAGCAAAGAAACCAGGCAUUCCCCAAAUAAUUAUAAUUUGACAAAAUCUGACACAUGAAUUAUAUAUGACCAUUGUUCUUGUACAUCUAAAUCAUCACAGUUUAUACUCUCAAAUUGCUGAGGAUGUAAAUAUUGUACGUGAGUGAGAAUUAACAUUUUAAAGGCUAACCAGAUUGUGUUUUAUAGCAUAGUUAUAGCAAGUUGUUAUCUUGUUGUUUUUCUGUGUUUAGUUUCCUUGGUUGAACUCUGUUAUAUUUCCUGUGCCAAAAAUCUAAUCCAGCGCUUUAACAACAGCACUGCCACCUGUAGAAGCAAAGCCACCUCCCCUUUGAGGAAAUGAUGUAACAGGACAAGGUUCAAUUCACUGUUUUUAACUCUUUUAAAACAGGAAGUGGCUUCUCCUCAAUCUUCAAGUUUAAGAAAAGAUAGUGAAAACUUUGGCACAAGACGUUAACCAGCAAAAUGAGAAAUAACUGAUAUUGAUGAAUAAGCUAUAAUUAGUGAUUUAAUUGUUGUUUUAUAGGCAUUAUUUAAUAUAAUGACUGAACAUUUAUUAAAAGACCCAGAUCUGAAUUGACCCCUGUCUUGUUACUGGAUUGCUUCACUGAAGUCAUACAGAUUAAAAAGCAUUAUCACCUAAGCCACUAUUCAAAGAUUAAAUAAGGGUCCCAUUCAACAAUAAAAUAUGAAAUGAAUAACUGAUGAAUAAUUUAAUUGAAACAUACUAUAUUGAAAUAUGUUAAACAAAUUUAGACAAUGCAGAAUAACUGUAUGGCUUUAGUGAAGCGUUAUCAAACAAUUUCAUGUUUGUUUUAUACUGAAAGAAUUGUUUGGGUUUGUAUUUAUGUCUCUGUUUCUGUCUAUAUAGAGUUUUCUAUUUCCA